AUGAUAGAACAGUAUUUUCACUCUCCUCGGAUAUAAGGCAACUAGUGUAGAGAUGUAUUUCUGUUAACAGCAUAUAGCUACUUGAAAUAAACCACAAAGGCAGAGGGACCAGCUCUGGAAAACUAGUGAUGGACAGAGACAAGGGAACAGAAGGACUUUGUAUGCAAUCUUCCAGAGCCCUGAAUGAGAGGACUGCAACCUGAGGUUUCCCACUGCCUUCCAGGUGAUGACCUGAAAAAACCAUGUCUGAGGUUCAGGGAACGGUCGAGUUUUCUGUGGAGCUUCACAAAUUCCAUAAUGUGGACCUCUUCCAGAGGGGGUAUUACCAGAUAAGAGCUGGACUGAAGAUCCCAUCCAGGAUUCCCCACAGGCUGUUUGCUACGGUUGCAGGACAGACAGGUGAUUCCAGCCUUUGCUCGGCCUGCGUUCAUGAAAACAACGUUUACAGCAGAAUAUUUCAGAUUUUGUACAGAAAUGAAGAGAUCAUUCUUAAUGAGUCGAUGAACUUCAGAGUGCACCUGCUUCUGGAUGGUGAAAGGGUGGAAGAUGCAUUGAAUGAGGCAGACUUUCAGCUCAAGCUGGACCUGCACUUUACUGAUAGUGAACAACAGCUGAGGGAUGUCCCAGCGAUCCCCGUGAUCAGCAGCCGCACGCUGUGUCUGCACUUCCACCCCCGCAGAGGGCUGCACCACCAUGUUCCUGUCAUGUUUGACUAUUUCCACCUGUCCGUGGUCUCCGUCACGGUGCAUGCGUCCCUGGUGGCUUUACACCAGCCUCUGAUCAGUUUCGCUCGUCCAGGGAAAGGUUCAUGGCUUGGUAAAGGCAACCUGGAGGCGGGACCAGACCAGUCCAGUAUGUCAUUAGAAAAUCUAGUGUUUGGAGCUGGCUACUGCAAACCCACUUCUUCAGAGGGCAGCUUUUAUGUCCCAUCUGAAAACUGCAUGCAACAUGCAUACAAGUGGCAUAAGGAUCUCUGUCUUCUGCUCUUGAAUGCUCAAAGGGGUCUUCACACAUACUACACCCUCAUAAUGAAUGAGAUUCCUGAUUUACCACAGCUGAAGCUGGAGGAGCUAUCUGUGGAAGAGACAUUAUCCCAGCUUUGUAUGGAGCUGCAGCUGCUGAGCAAUCCAGAGAAGAUAGCAGAACAGAUAAGCAAGGAUCUCACCUGGCUUUGCUCUCACCUCCUGGCCCUAUGGACCCAGUUCCUAGAGGUGGCAACACUCCAUCCAGAAGUCACAGCUUAUCUGACUCAGGAACAUCACAUGCUAAGGGUGAGGAGAUUCUCAGAAGCCUUCUUCUACACUGAGCACCAGAAACCUGCUGUGCUCAUGUUCCAGGAAGGCCUGAUCCAAAGCCACGCACAGAUUUCUACGGAAAUUCGUAAUUCGGAUUAUUUCACCAGCAUGCCCCCGCUGCCAGCAGAAUGCCUGGACAUCGAUGGGGACUGGAAUACGCUGCCAGUUAUCUUUGAAGAUAGGUACACAGACAUACCUUGCACAGAUCAGCAUUUGGAAGUUUUCCCAGAUUUUGAGGUUCCUUCAAAUACUCAAAUGGAUGUAACACAGGAAAAUGAAGACUGUGCAUCAGAUGAUGCCACUGCAGUAAUGAAAGGAGAUUUUGGGAAAGACACUCUGCUAAUACAUACAGACAGGAUAAACAGGAAUCCCUCAUGCCUACACAGCAGUACUGAAGCUGCUGCUAAAGGUUUAAACCAGCACUCCACAUCUCAGGUAUGUACAGCAAACAAAGAAGGCCAAAGGAAACCUGAAAAUAUUUUUGUUUCAAGAGAGGAAACUAUUUCUGACUCAGAGCCAGGCAAUACAGAACACAUGUCAGAAGACUUGAAAACAUCCAAGGAAGUUUUUUUAAAAGAUAAUAGACUUGGGGCAGAUAUUACCUGUGGAGGCAUGGAACCCAGCAAUAAGGACUCUCACAAAAGCGAGCCUGUGUUAAUUGUCAGUGCUCAGUAUGAUUGUGGAGCAUGUGGAACUGAUGGCUUGGAAGACAGGACUGAAGUACAUGAACUAGAUGAAUUUGGUCAUCCUGAAACUAAUUUCACUUCAUCUGAGGUUGGACUGAAUGAAUUGACCAGUCUUGGAAAACCAGAGGAUGCAGACACCAAGGCUCAUCUCCCUGUUUUGAAAGCUUUGCCUUCACACAGCUGUGAAGUGAAAGCAGUGACAAAGGAGCAACGGGGUGAGGAGAGUGAAGAAUUUACCCUGAUGUCAGGGGUCAUAAAAAGAUCUUCCUCUAUAAUAUCUGAUUCAGGCAUUGAAAGUGAACCAAGCUCAGUGGCAUGGUCUGAUGCUCGUAGCCGGGCCCUGGAGCUGCCCAGUGACCGAGAGAUCCUGCACCACCUGGUCCGGAGGCACGCCAUCCACCGAAAUUCCUUGGAAGGUGGACACACAGAAAGCAACACCAGCUUGCCCAGUGGUAUCCAAGCGUCGCUCACAUCCAUCAGCUCUUUGCCCUUUGAGGAAGAGGAGAGGGAAGUGGAGCUUACCAAACUGACGAAAUCUGUCUCAGCUCCUCAGAUCAGUAGCCCAGAAGAGCCCACGGAGGAGGUGGAUAUAUCAAAACACAUUGAAGCCACCCCAGGAGAUUCAGAUCAAAACUUAAGAAGCUGCAUGGAAACAGAGGAUAGAGAUGGAAAAAUAAUCAUGGACUUUUCUGAGUGUCGAAUCACUACUCAAAGUGGAAAAAUAGAACCAAGAAGACAUCCCAAACCCCUCCUCAAACACAGUAACAGUAACACUGAGUUACAAGGGGUGGAAGAGAAAGGUUUUCCAGAGACUUGCUGUAGUCUGGAAAAUACAGGACCACCCAUUUGUCCGAAGCAGCUGCAAGAUAAUGUCUCUGAGUGCCUGUCACUGGAGAGCAAUGGUGAGUGCAGCUUAAAAACACCAAGGGCUUAUAAUUACUUGGACAAAAAUAUAGAUAAGGUUGAUACAUGCAUUGAGGAUCCAAAGGAUAAACUUAAGCCGGACAGUUCAAAAAUACCACAGGGCUCCUCCAAUAGUAGAAUUUCAGGAGAGGAGAGUUUUUCACGAAGCAUAAAGGUGGUACCAGAUUUUUGCUAUCCUGUUAAAGCUCCUUCAGAAACCUCCAUUGAAUUUGGCUCACUGCGAGGAGAACGUGGCAGCUCUCUCACUGAUGAGAGCCCAGCAGUGUAUGCAGAAAUGCAGGGGUUGCAAGAAAUUGAGCUCAAUGACUCACCUGCCUCAGCAGACCCUGUGGCAGGGUCCCACCAGGCUGAACGUCCUCAGGAGCCCAACAGCCAAGAGAAUAAACUUGUAGCGAAUGGCACCGGGUUUCCUUUGGCCACGACAGAGGGAGUAGCCCUGGAAAGCAGAAAGGCUGCUGAUGUGGUUAAUCUGUCCGUCUCUUGCACAGCCACCUGUCUUCCCUUUUCUUCCGUGCUCAAAGAGACCCCUGCCAUGGCGGGCUCCUCGGCAAAGCAGGCUGCGUUCCCCAUCACACGCCAGCCUCUGGGCUCAUUUGGAGUUGUCUGUUCUAAUUCAAAUGAGAUGGAUGAAGAGACCAACGAAAGGAUGCUGAAUUUUUAUCAGGCCAAAGAAAAAUUUAAAAAAGAAAUGAAGAUUGAAGGAUUUCUGUACAGUGACUUAUCUGUACUAGCUUCUGAUAUCCCAUAUUUUCCACCAGAGGAAGAGGAAGAAAAUUUGGAAGAUGGAAUUCACCUGGUUGUCUGUGUCCAUGGAUUGGAUGGCAACAGUGCAGAUCUGCGGCUGGUAAAGACUUUUAUAGAACUGGGACUUCCUGGUGGAAAACUGGACUUCCUAAUGUCUGAAAGAAAUCAGACUGAUACUUUUGCUGAUUUUGAUACAAUGACUGACCGAUUAUUAGAUGAAAUUAUUCAGCAUAUCCAGUUGUACAACCUCUCCAUAUCCCGAAUAAGUUUUAUUGGACAUUCCCUUGGUAACGUCAUCAUUCGAUCUGUACUAACUCGCCCCAGGUUUCGCUAUUACCUCAACAAGUUACACACCUUCCUGUCCCUCUCUGGGCCUCACCUGGGAACCCUUUACAACAACAGCACUUUGGUUAGUACAGGUCUAUGGCUCAUGCAGAAGUUGAAAAAGUCAGGGUCGCUUUUGCAACUGACCUUCAGGGACAACGCGGAUCUGCGCAAGUGUUUCCUCUAUCAGCUCAGCCAAAAAACAGGUCUUCAGUAUUUUAAAAAUGUUGUGUUAGUGGCCUCACCCCAAGACAGAUAUGUACCCUUUCAUUCAGCAAGAAUAGAAAUGUGCAAAAAUGCACUUAAGGACAGACACACAGGUCCUGUUUACGCAGAAAUGAUCAACAACCUGCUCCAGCCUUUGAUUGGGGCCAAGGACUGCACUUUGAUCAGACACAACGUGUUUCAUGCUCUGCCUAACACCGCCAACACAUUGAUAGGCCGGGCUGCCCACAUUGCCGUGCUGGACUCUGAACUUUUCCUGGAGAAGUUUUUCCUUGUGGCAGGACUCAACUACUUCAAAUAGUGCCUGAAGUAUGGGGUAACAGAGGCCAACCUUUCCAUUGAGUGGAGGAGACUCCCUUAGCCAAAGGAGUGCAAUGUUAGAAAUGAGAGCAGGUGGGACUUUCAAACUUUCUAUUUCCAUUUCUCUUUCAGAGAAUAAAGUGCUAUGGCUUUAAGGCAUUCAAGCUUCCAAAUAUUGGUGCUUUUGGAAGAAAUAAAUAUUCCUCUUCAGUUUCUAUGUUCUUUGUCCACAUAAAGACAUGAGCCACUUCUGAAGUACAGAAUCAGAAUAAGAAGGAUGAUUCUCUAAAUGUGAUUGGACCAAUAUAAUUCCUGUUUCUCCUGAAUAUUAAAUCAGGAACUCGGCUGUCCUUGAUUUACUGCUUAUUUAUGUAUUAACAAAGCUCUACAUUUGUAGCACUUUUGGGGUAGUUAACACACAAGGAAACAAGUGUAUAUGAACUCAGGUUAAAACCUUCUUUGUGAUGAACUGAGAAGUGUGAAAACCAUUUAUGAAAGUUUUGGUCUUUCUGUUUAUUGGAAGAAAAUAUUUGGAUGGUUCCAUUACUGGUAAUAAUUUGUAACAUACAAAUUGUACAUUGAAAUAAUGGAAAGGAGUAAAAUAUUUUACAUAGAAUGAACAAAUAUUGAUAUUUGUCUUUAGAAAGAAACCCCAACUUUAGUUUGGGAAGAAUUUUGUUCCAGUUAGACGCUGCCAAACCAAGAGGAGUAUAUUGGAUUACUUAUAAAAUAUCAGUGUCAUCUGUUAGCAUUUCUUCUGUUUACAUUUAUAGAGGAUCAUAACUGACUGUGCUUGUUAUGAUCUUAAAGGUCCAUUUUUUACUUUUACAUUUGUAUCAAAGUCCAUUUGUUCCAACAGUUUUCAUUUUUUUUUUAAAUUUAUUACUCUGAUACAGAAUUCAAAAUCUUGCCAGUUAUACCCUUAAAAGCCCCAAACACUUGGAAAACAAAAGGCUGGAGAUCUAGAAUGUGGAAAGCUUAAAAAAUAUAAGGAUGUCUUAAGAUCCUCUGCAAUAUUCUAUAAAUGCUUUGUUAAUGCCUAUUUGCAGUGCUAUAUAUAGUCCUAAUUAUUAUACAGUUACAACUGGUUGAAAUAUUUAAAACUUUAUCCAUGCAAUGAUAUGUAAGUUGUUUUUAAGUGUUUGAAAAAGAACAUAUUUCCCAAUUUUUAAUUUUUUCAUCAAAUUUACAUUAAGAUUUUUAUCAAAAAUUUAUCAGCUUUAAAGUGACAAUAUUCAAUAACUUUCUGCACAUUUUCAUAACAUUUUGAUAAAUUUUCAAUGUCACAGCAAUUUUUUGAAAAAAGAAAAAAUAAUAAUUCUUCAAAAUUAUUUUUGUUUGGAAGGCAGGCAAUUUUUUAAAUACAAAUACAAUUUGUUUAAAAAUACAAAUGAAUAGGUCUCUAUAUCUUCUAAAAAAGAUUGUAAAAAAAAUUACAAAGUUGGGUUUAGGUGUCAAGACCUUCAUUAGUAAACUAAAUUCAAGAUAGUGGAGAUUUGUGAAACAAGAGAAUACAAAAUGAAAACAAAAAACAUCACAGCCACAGGGAAAUAUUUGUACUUGCAAAAAGCAAAACUAAAUUUUACUUAAAAGAAAAAAGUGAAAAACUUACACAAAAUUAGUUCAAGAAAAGAGUUUUUAGCAGACUGGUAAAUGCUGGCAAAAGAAAAAGACUGACUUGAUAACUAAUGCAUGUUUUUAAAAUAAGAAGGAGAAAGAAGGAAUAUACCAAAGGGUGAGGUUAGACCACUUGGAAAGGUGCAUUGCACAUAAAAAUCUUGGGCCCUUACAGAGGUAAAAAUCAUAUGGAAACAAUUCCAUGGUGUGAUUCAAUGCUGACAAAUUUCUUAAACAAUAAAUAUUAUCUCAGUACUUGAAUUAAAUAGGUAUAUACUAUUGUCUCUCUUUCUUUCUUUUUUUUUUUUUUUUUCCCCUUAUAAAUUGACUGUUACCAGUCAGUUUUACCCAGUUUAAAAAUGAAUUCUGUCAGGAAACCUGUGGUUUCCACUUGGUUGGAAAUUCUUUCUCACUUUUUGGCCUCAGUAGUCCAGUGCCAGCUACACUGACAUAUCACAACUUCUUCCUCAGUAAAUUGUCUAGAGCAUUUUAAAUAUAAUAGGACAUGGAGGUUGAGUUGUUAUAUAGUCCAGCAUUUUUGAGCCAGGACAAGUACUUCUUUACGGAACAACAGGAAAGAGAAGCAAUCUCUAACCAUAAGCAGCCUUCAGUGUGCUGUACGAGGGUCUUGUCCACAUGUGGAAAAUGUUCAGGAGUCUGCCAACUGAAAGUUUUGAAAACCAUUUAUAAAGAAGUGACUUUACACUUAUAUACAUGCCUGAUGUGUGUGUUUAUAUAGUCUAUACAAAGAAUUUUGCUUAUUUCCAGGUCUCACACACCAGCUUUCUCAGUCCUGACACUGACAACAAACCAGUGUAGUUGUUCUUACACUCAGAUGAGACAUUCUUGCCUUGCCUUGAUUGUUGAACAGCAUUCCCAGCUUUCUGUUUGCCUGACUGUGAGAAAAGGGGCAUGGGAAAAGGUCUCUGCAUUGCUACAGAAGUUGGUGGGCCUUUCCAUAUGUUCACUUUGAAGUUCUGUACUCCUACCAGUGCUCUGAGAUAAAUAUACCUAAAGGUUUCAGUGUUCCUAUUCAUACAGAUCUCUUUGAUGGCUCAGUCUGAUUUCAGAGUUGGAGUUGGAUGUUUUAUAGAGUUGGAUCAGGUAACUUACACCUUCUGGGAUAUGGAAGAAAGCUCCUGUGGAACCUCAGAAAAAUCUGGGCAGUAUCACUCCUGUCAAAUGACAAGACACAGAUUUUAUCUUCCUUCUGCUGGCAGAACAUUGUGGGAUAUAUUGGCAGUAAUGGUCCAGCUGAGCUUCCAUUUUAAGGAAGUGAGCCUCCCUCACUCUUUCUUCUUUUAUUCUUUUUGAUGGGAUGUUGCCUCUCAGUACUAUAAAACCACUCAAUUGUGUAAACUAUAUUGCAAAGAAAUCUGCAUCGUCAUUAUAAUAUAAAUAAUAUCUAAGUUGUUGGACUUCAUCAAACUAUAGCAAUCAGCAUGGACUUAUAUUUUCAGAUUUUUUAUUUACAUAGAGAGAAAUAUAUAUUAAGAAUUAUCUGCAUUAAAAUGUAGCAAAGUAAGUGUACAGUUAGCAUCUUUGUUUCUGUCUCAACCCUUGGAAUUAUAAUAUAUUGUCCUUUCAAAUAAAGCCUUUAAAUAUAUUUAA